GCACGGUCCCAGGCAGAAGAACGCGGGCCUCCCCGAAACCCAAUUCGGUCCCACGCAGAAGAACGCGGGUCCCGCCGAAAGCCGGCGCGGUCCCACGCAGAAGAACACGGGUUUUACCGAGACCCGGUACGGUCCCACGCAGAAGAACGCGGGUCCCACCGAGACCCAGUACCGUCCCACGCAGAAGAACGCGGGCCCCGCCGAUUUUCAGUGCAUUCCCACGCAGAAGAAUGCGGGUCCCACCGAAACCCAGUGUGCUCCCGUGCAGAAGAACGCGGGUGACCGGAACGAUGGGACUGCAUUGCCCUUGCCCUUCUUCGAACAUACAGAGCUGGAGGGGGAGGCACAGGAAGAUGCACAGGAGGUGCAGGCACUGGAAUCGUCGGAGCUUGAACCUGCGAAGAAGAGCUCGAGCCUUGACCUCUCAGCUCUGCUCGAUACGCUGCUUCGGUUGCUUGAGCAGCGCGGGCCUCCACAACUCUAUCCAGCUCAUCUUCGGCAGCAAGUCUUGCCACUUCACGAAGACGAUUCAGCCUACGUUCCUUCGAACUCCCCUUCAACUUCCUCCAAAUCCAAGCAGAAAACCACUUAA